AUGCCUUUAGGUCAAAUUCCUGUUCUCGAAUUUGAUGGAACAAAAUUACCACAAUCAUUAUCAAUUGCUCGUUUUCUUGCUAAACAAUUUCAAUUAGCUGGUAGAGAUAAUUUUGAGCAAGCUAAAGUCGAUGCUGUUGUUGAUACAAUUAACGAUUUAGCGACUAAGUUUGUACCGAUUCGUUGGGAAUCAGAUGAAAUAAAAAAGCAAGAACUUAUUAAAAAAUUUAUUGCGGAAGAAUUACCCAAACAUUUACAAAAUCUUGAAGUAUUAGGUAAAUUAUAUGGUAAUGGUGGUCCAUUCUUUGUUGGUAAUCAUUUAACAUGGGUAGAUUUAUUUUUUUAUGAAGUGGGAUACAUUAUGCUUCAAUUAGAUGCAAAGGCUUUGGAUAAUCAUCCAUGGUUAAAAAAUAACCGUGUUGAAGUUGAAAAACAACCAAAUAUUGCAGAGUAUCUCAAAAACCGACCACAAACAGCAAUGUAA